AUGGCAACCAAGCCUAAUGGCACCACCACUAAAAACCCCACCACCCCCACCUCGAACCCCAAACCGAAAAAUCAAACGUACAACCCUAAGAGCCAGACGUACAAUCCGAAUCGGAUCCCUUAUCGACCGAACUACCGACACAAACGUCGUGGCCGUGGUUGCAAUUGUCGUAGAUGUUUUUGUCGAUGUUGUUGUUGGACUAUUCUCAUGAUCAUCGUUAUUCUUGUCCUUGUAGCUAUUGCUGGUACAAUUUUUUACUCCCUUUAUCGUCCUCAACUUCCUUCAUUUUCGAUAUCCUCUCUCAAAAUUUCGCAGUUCAAUCUCACCACAUCUCCUGAUGAUACUACAAGACUCGCUACUAAAUUCAACGUAACUCUGUCUACCAAGAACAAAAACAAGAAAGUCAUUUACAUUUAUGAUCCAAUUGCAUUUAAAGCAGAAUCAACCAAUCAAAUUGAGCUCGCAAAUGGGGAUUUUCCAAGAUUUACUAGUGCACCAAAUAAUGUUACAAUUAUACAUUCAACAUUAUCAAUGGUGUCACAAGUUCUUGAUGUGGAUUCUAUUUCAAGUUUGAAAUCAGAUAUGAAGAGAAAAAGUGGUAUGCCAAUGAGGAUUUUGUUGGAUACAAAAGUUGUUGUGAAAAUGGACAAAUUGAAAACUAACAAAGUGGGGAUUAGAGUAACAUGUGAUGGUAUCAAUGGACCAAUACCUAAAGGGAAAAAUCCAAGUGUGGCUUCAAUUACAACAGCUAAAUGUAAGGUUGAUUUGAGAAUCAAGAUUUUGAGAUGGACAUUCUAG